GGAGAGAGAGAGGGAACCACAGGUGCCGCCCCACACUUCCUCAUCAACACCUGUCAGCUGUGGUGGUGUGGCCUGAGGUUCGUCACCAACAAGAUGGUGAGCUGCAACUUGCCUUACCUCCGCAGUGCGUCGGGAAUUUUCAAGAUCAUAGAAAUUGUGAGCGUAAGUGUGUCUCUGGGGUUGUUCCGUGGCGUGCCCCUCACCUUCGGUGCCCCACACGACACCUCCCCCAAGGUGGGCACAGAUGCUGACUUCUUCGCCGGAGGAGUCAUGGUGGCCGCCCUCCUCAUAUCGCCGCUCUUGCUCCUACUCUACACUCUAGGCAUCAUCCGCGUCCAGCAGACCAUCUUGGAGCUGGCGAUCAGUUUCCUGCUCUUCAGCUUCCUGUUCAUAUCGGGAUCGAUGGGGCUCGCCUUCUGGCACUCUCCAUCCUCAGAGUGGUCGUCCUACAAGGCUGAGGGCAUCUCCAUGUCUGUCUUUCUGUAUGUAGCAGCAGUCGCCUACACCCUCGAUACGGUCCUCAACGCCAAGAACUACUGCUGCGGACCCAAGAAUAUCCCUAACGAGUCAACCGCCUAGACCCAAGAACCCCAUUAACAAGGCCAUUUCCUAUACCCAAGAAUCGACUUCGCGAGUUCAUCGUCUAUACCCCAAUUUCCCAGUCACUGACCCCUCUUUGAGAUCCAAGAAACCCGCUAAAGAGUAAGUCUUGAAUAUAAUACAUUACAAAGGCAGUUGACUCCCUGUUCAGCCCCACUCAAGAGUUAACUACCACUUGAGUUAACUACUCAAGAGUCCUAUACCAAAGAACGCCCCCUCUCUCCCACUCCACGCUCACUAUACACAGCGGUAUAUCAACAACUCCGCACACACACGCACACACACACACACACACACACGCAUCACAUCUUCCUGAGUUGGAGAUUCUCGUCAGAUACUUGUCACAAAGUCUGCCACAAUACAUAAAUAGAGACUAAGCACUGAUGGCCUGGCCAGUAGCUAUGGGGUAACGAAUACAAAGCCUCACCCUUGGCUAGGAAAGGGAACUAUCAGGCGAAAGCCUGAUCCCUUCCACUUGGAAGGGAUCAGGAUUAGGAUUUGGGAUGGGACGUUGGUAAGGAAUGGCGCCUAACCACUUUGUCACUCUCGGGGGUUGAACGCCGACCUGCAUGAAGCGAGACUGUCCCUCUACCUCCACCCCCAAGUGGUUGGGUGGACCAGCCAGGUACACGUUAGGUCAAUUUAAGACAUAACCAAUAAGUAAUUUGAUCUGAUUCAAUUUAAGAUGACUGCCCUGCCUCCCAAUAUAGGCCUAUUUUUGUAGCAAUAAAUGCUGUGUCAAGUUUUCAGGCACAGUAUUUCAGGUAUAAACUUGAAAUGUCAAGUUUGACAUUUUAAGUUUACUAGAAAUAAAAUAAUACACAUAUUGUAAAGAAUAAAUUUAUAAACCUGGUAAAAAAAUUGCUAUUUUUAUUUGUAAGACUUCAACUACUUUCGUAAACGUGUCAUGAGUUUUUUUUUAAGUUAAAAUAAAUUAUGAUUUAAUUUAACUCUUAAAAAUCAUGAGUUAAAAUAAAUUAUGAUUUAUUUUAACUAUUUAAAAAAUCACGAGUUAAAACAAAUUAUGAUCGUUGACAGACAGACAAGGGGCACCGAGUCUGAUGAAGCCUCUCUCAUGGUUCCUAUAUACUUAAUUUUUAAACUAAUCAAAAAUAAAUCUUUGUUUAAUUAGACGCGACGGAUUUUUUAUAUUUACUCUUGGAAUUUUGAUGCAAAGAUAAAAAAAAAAUCUGAAACGCAUAAAUGAAAUACAUAAAAUACAUAAAUACAUAAAACUUGGGAUAUAAAUAUUACAAAUAAUUACACCCCUCGUGAAGUUGUUUAUUAUGAAUCACAUACAAAAAUCUCUUAAAACAUAUGGGUAAAAAAAGGUCGAUAGAACGCAUGUUUGUGUGUCAUGCAUGUGUUGAGAGCGCAGGUCGUAAUAUGAGCUCAUCAUCUAUAUAUAUAGAUGAUGAGUUAUCUUUGGAUUGAUGGUGGAUUACAUCGUCUAUAUAUAUAGAUGAUGAGUUCUAAUCACUAACAAUCUGAUGUGAUCUAUUUGUUCCUUAAAUUCCUUCUAUACAAAGCAAAGCAGAAGUACAUUUGAGUACAAAGAGCAUUUUCAUCAAGGUUUAAAUGCGUUAUCUGCCAUUAUCAGUUUCUGUAACGUGACCCCUCGCUAUCUUAACGGUUCAGUGAUUGGGUCCACCACACACCAGCUUACUCUUCACAAUAUUGAGAUGACAUAACCUUCAACAUUUAAACCAUUUACUAAUUGACCUAAUGAAAUCCAUUCCUAUCAACAUAUUAGCUUUCAGUUUGUGUCUACCAUUAAUCAUACUUUUGGUAAGUACUUUAAACAUAGGGACCGUUUACCUUUUGAUCUCAGAUCUGGUGUUGUUUAUCUGUUCUAAGUGCUUGAACUGUAAGGUUCGAUACCCCGGGGAAUAUCUCAUGAUGCUACCUUAUCAUCGUACCUGUGAGCAUUGGGUCAUCUUUUGCCGUAUGUCUGCAACUUUGGCAAGUUGUGUCCUCUACUUAACAAAGAUCGCUGUGAAGCCAUGUGUCAGCCAUUCACUCACACUGAUUUCACUGUGAUAACUUCCAAGUCAUCGACUAGAUCACUAUCAUGGAAUCCAUUUACCUCGGCAAAAUGAGACCAUUCGUUGAAAACUCUGAGUUCUCGACUUAAUUGCUCACCCACUAUUGUCUUCUCUAUGUUAUGUCUACGUUGUAUUUUUUUCUAUUUUGUAUAUAUUUUUUACUUUUUACUUUGUAUAUUGUUUGAUUAGGUUUUAUUGUCUUAGUAUUUUAAUAUAUAUACUGAUUUUAAUAAAUCUUUGAACUUUUUAUUUACGAUUUUAGCUUUUUUUUUGUCGAGUGUGCUUAUUUUUUUUGCACUGAUGAUGGAGUACAUUCUCCAAAAGUCUGUUUUUAAAUAUAAAGCAUCGAUAUAUGUCUUUUCUGUGAUACUACUGUUUUUCAUAAGAUUAAAAUACCUAAGAAGAAAAUCUCUGAGAGAGAGAGAGAGAGAGAGAGAGAGAGAGAGAGAGAGAGAGAGAGAGAGAGAGAGAGAGAGAGAGAGAGAGAGAGAGAGAGAGAGAGAGAGAGAGAGAGAGAGAGAGAGA